CAGCUGAUGUUAGUACUGUGUUGUUGUCUUUCUUGUAUGUCUGCUGAAGGCGCUUUGCAAAACGUGCAGACGAUUGUUUCAGAAUGACACAGUGGGAGCGAUUGCAGCAGCUGGAUACAGUGUAUUCACAGAGGGCUUUUGAUCUGUACAAUGGAGAUGAAUUCCCAAUGGAAGUCAGACAUUACUUGGCACAUUGGAUUGAGGGCCAGGACUGGGAACGUGCUUCUCGGGACUCUUCCCAAGCUGCGUUCCUGUUUCAGGUGCUUUUAGAGAAUCUGGACAACCAGUUCAGUCGUUUUGUGCAAGAGAAAGAGAGUUUCCUACUGCAGCGUAAUUUCAGACGCUACAAACAAAACUUUCAGGAAUACCAAGAGGAGCCCUAUACUCUUGCUACUAUUAUCCAUUGGUUCCUGGUGAAGGAGAAAGGGAUCUUGAAUGAUGCAGAGCUUGCACAGCAAGUGCAGACGUUGCAGAUACAGCCAGCUGCAAUGGAGUUGGAGAGCCAGAGACAAGUAGAAAAGAGGUUAAAAGACCUUAAGGCCAAAGUAGAGGUGAUGGAGCACAACAUAAGGUGUUUGGAGGAGCAGCAGGAUGAGUUUGAUUUUAAAUAUCAGACACACCUAAUGGACUCUUGCACAGAAGAAGAGAAGAAAAAGCAAUUAGAAGGGCUUCAGAAGAUGAUCAAUGCACUCGAUAACUGCAGAAGGAACUUCCUGUCUGAUAUCUCGGCUAUGUUGGACACUGCUGAUGUUCUGCACUCAGCGCUCAUAAAUGAGGAACUGGUGGAGUGGAAGCGGAGACAACAGAAGUCCUGCAUUGGUGCUCCUGAUGAUACAAGUCUGGAACACUUAGAGAAAUGGUUCACUCAAAUUAUAGAGUGCAUGUUCCAGCUGCAGAAGUUCUUACAGAAGCUUGAUGAGCUGGUAGGGAAGAUGACCUACAAAAAUGACCCCAUCCCAGUCCGAAAACCCCCUUUAAAGAUUAGAGUGGACACUCUACUGACCCACCUGAUAAAGAGCUCAUUUGUUGUAGAGACUCAGCCAUCCAUGCCGCAAGGUCGAGGCCUCCUGGUGCUGCGCACAAAUGUUCAGUUCUCAGUCAAAGUCAGAUUGUUAUAUAAAGUUCCUGAACUCAACCAUGUUAUGAAGGUGACUGUUUCUAUUGACAAUGCUACUUCACAACUGAAAGGGUUUCGGAAAUUUAAUGUGCUGGGUACCUUGAGUAAAGCCCUUAACAUGGCUGAGAGUAUGAAUGGGGGCAUGGUUGCUGAUUUCAGACAUUUGACAUUAAAAGACCAGAAAGUCGGUGGUGGAGGAAAAGGGAUCAAUGAUCUCUCAUUGAGUGUGACCGAAGAGCUGCACAGAAUAAACUUUCAGACCCAGUUUGACUAUCAAGGCCUGUCUGUCCCUUUGGAGACCUCUUCUCUUCCUGUUGUGGUGAUUUCAAACUCCAGUCAGCAGCAGAGCGCUUGGGCGUCUGUUCUGUGGUUCAACAUGCUCUGUCCAGAUCCCAAGAACAUCAAGUUUUUUGAAACCUCUCCUGCAGCCACUUGGCCGCAGUUUGGGGAAAUGCUAAGUUGGCAAUUUCUCUCCUGUGGGAAACGUGGUCUAGACAAUGACCAGUUGGAGACCCUUGCCAUCAAACUCUUUGGUAAACAACAGAGCUAUGACAACUGUAAGAUAUCCUGGACCAAGUUCAAUAAGGAGAACCUCCCCGAUACAAACUUCACCCUGUGGGUGUGGCUGGAUGGCAUUCUAAACCUGGUUAAACUCUACCUGUCAGACCUGUGGAGUGAUGGGUCUAUAAUGGGCUUUAUCAGCAAGGGGAAGGAAAGACUUUUAUUGAAGAAGAAGCAGAAUGGCACUUUCCUGUUGCGUUUUAGCGAAAGCAUCAAAGAUGGAGGAAUCACGUUCAGCUGGGUGCAGUACGCUAAUGAUGGCUCUCCGAGUGUGCAAACCGUAAAACCAUUCACCAGUACUGACCUAAAGCAGAUUGCUUUACCUGAUAUCCUCUGCAACUUUCGGAUCAUGGUAGCAGAAAAUAUUCCAGUUAACCCACUGUGUUACCUUUACCCAAACACUCCCAAAGACCAGGCCUUCGGCAAAUACUACAGUGAAAAAACUGGGGAGGAGAAUCCUUACCUGAAGUACCUCAAAACCAAACUGGUUUUUGUCUCUAAAGAGAAUGGCUGUUCUGGCAUCAGAGAGGGGCCAGAGUCUGACCUGUGCACACAGGACAGAGACCCUCCUUCCUUUUCUGAUGCGGGUGAUGAUGAUGAUGAUGUGUUGCUCAAAGUGUCCAAGAAGUCUCCAAUGUUCUCCAACUCUACCAUUGAUGCUGAUUUGCUUAGCAGUAUUUUGGACAGUGAUGGCGAGAGCACUGUUCUACAUGCAUUUCCUCCAACCUCUCCCCGCAUUUCACCAUCAUGCCUCCAACAAAACUUUCCAGAGAGUGCCGAGGAUAACCUUGAAGAAGCACUCUCUACAGACAAUGAUGUUAAUUACACAUUGCAAGAGUUUUUAAAUGGCAUAAACCUUCAUAUACUGCAGGAGGAGCCAGAUGGCUUCAUCCUUGAUCCUGGUUUUCAAGAUUUUGGCAAUCCCAACAUACCACUGACCCCCUGAAUUUGAUCCAUUGAACACAAAACCAUGAUCCAUGUGGUUAGCUAAAACUCAAGCCGUAUAAUGCUUUCCGUAGCUCUGAUUUGUUGUAAAUAAGUAUAAAGUAGAGAGGCAUAAUUCAGGUCAUUACUUCAUUUUCAAUACUGAUUUUAUUAUUACUUUAUCCAUUUAGUGUUUAUAUCUGAAUGUCUAUUCAUCCAAUCAUCUGUUACUUAUGUCUAUUGAAUUUUAAGGGAGUAAAGCCUUUGACAAGGAUGAGUGAGGUCUUGUGACCUCACGUUUCUUAAGCUGCUAGUAAAUAUUUGUCCCUAUAAAAAUAAGCUGGAAAGAAAAAGUUUCAUUGAAAUGAAUUCAAACAAUAUUAGAGCUCCUUUGCAAUGAAAAUGAGUGGUGAUUAGAGUUUGGAUGUCUUUAUUAAAAAAAUAAAUAAAAAUUCUGCCAUUUAACCUAAGUAAAGAUCAUGCUUUUAUGGUCCAAGUAUACGAUCAGCAGGACAGUUUGUAUUCUUCUAUUCUAAAUGUAUUUUCAAUAGCAAAAAUGAAUUACAGCACCUUAAAACAGACGCAGUGCUUGGUUUAAAUCACUUAAUUUGACAUUUAAAGGUACCAAUGUUGAUGAUGCUUUUAUAGUUUUUAACUCUAGGA